UCUGCCUCUAGCUUCUGCUAGUCUGGAAGGCCGCGACGUGCUACGAGGCCCGAAUACUUUUAACCGCAGUUCAGUGUCAAAUAUCUUUGGUCAUAUUUUAAUGUUUACCUGAAUUGAGGGUUUGGUUUUAAUUUUCAAAUAAGAACAAUGGCAUCUAAAGGGGGACCCAUGGUGAUGGGUACGGAUGGCACUGACUUUUCUCACCGACAAAGAGUAGCAACACACUAUUUGCUAAGUGCUCAGAGCAAAUCCCGGUUGAAGUACUGCAUAUUCUUCCAUUACCUCCUAUUUUUCGCAAUGCUAGCAAAGUUGUCGGCUGAUAUCUUGGACAGGAUUGAUGUUUUUAUCCUGGAAAUAGAAGAGCUGCAAAUUCCUCAACCUUUGUGGUGGGAAUAUUUGUGGUGCAUUAGUCUGUUGCUUUCCUUCCUUGGACUUUCUGCGGCACGGAAAAACAAAAUAUCAUUGAUGAAGCGUUAUAUGCUGGGUAUUGUCCUCUUUGGAAUUGGCCCUGUGCUUUAUGCUGCUGGGUAUUAUUUCCAAGAAGCAUGGCAGUAUAUUCGCACAGGUGAUACCGAAGACCUUCAUCUUUGGCAGGGCUUCCCCUACGCACUUCUGUGGUUUGCUUUUAUUAUUCUUGCAUUGCAAGUCCAUUUCUUUUCUCUGUACUUUGCCUGGAGUUUGGUUCAAGCCUGGAAAGCAAGAGGAGCAGCCAAAAGCAAAUAAUAAAAAGAAAGUUACAAGAUGCCAAAUUUCAAGAAUUGUUGGUAAACAUUUCAACAUAGCUGUUCAAAGGCUUUCCAAAGACCAUGCAAGUGUCAAAGCCUCCUCUUCCAAUCGAGAAACUGUGUUGGUCAGACUAAAAUUGACUGUCUAGUCUGGACACAUUCUUAACUUAUUUGGUACAAACGUCUUAAUAAUUUAUUUUUAAACUAAGCAGUUAAAACCAUUGCAACUUAUUGUUAAGCUCCAAAGUGCUCAACAUGCUUUUGCUGUCUUUUUAUUCCCUGAACAAGCACUUAUUUGUGCCGGUAUCUCUUAUCUAGAAAGCUGCAUAAAAACUCUUCCCACUUGUCCACAAUUGUUAAUUGAAGCUCUCAAGAGAAUUUCUAGAAUGGCACAUACAUACUGCUUCCUGUGCCUUCAACAAACCUUACAUAUUCAGUCAGUAAAUAUAGCUUGUUCCGAGCAGAAAGUACAUAGGUAUGUACUUAUUUGUGGUCCUAAGGGUCCAGGUACUGACCAAGUUUAAUUGAGGAGAGGUAGUACCUUAGAUACAUCAAUAUGUCCUAGGCAAAGUCCUGCUGACCCCAGUGUGACAUCUCUAAGACUGCUACUAUAUAGAAUUUUGACUGAAAAAUAAAUAUGAAUUUGUUAAUGUUCAGGUAGAUGUUUUAUUGUGUACAGGUAAUAUGUUGCAGUAGAAGAAAGUUUAGGAUGUUGAUGUUGACCCUAAAUCUGCUGAGUUAAAGGAAAAGAUCAAUUGUAUGAUGCAUUAUAGUCAAUAUAAAAUAUUUUUAGUCAAUUGUUAUGUUGAAUUAUUGAAGGGGAAACAGUUUGUAAGCUGGAAUUGCUCUCUUGAAUAGGGUAUUAUCCGUGAUAACUAUCUCUAAUAAACAAUUGUUAAUCUUU